GAACAAAUUACACGGAUCCAAAGAAGUCAAACAAAUGAGCUAUUGAGUAUUAAUCUCACCAAAGCUAUCAUUAAGUUCUUAAAGUUGCAUAUCUAUCACGGUAAAAAAUAACUCAACAUGAUAAUGAUGCUUUGUUGUAAUGCUAUGGGUUGGACGUUGUGACUACCCAAUACUAACAAACACAGUUCCUGCAAUAAAGACACUGAGACACAUGCGUAUGCGAGAGAGUGGGGUAAGUGAGUUUGAGUUUGGUGCAAAUAUGUGCAAAAUUUAAACUACUAGUACAAUUUAAAAUUUUCAGGGGUUCAAAAAAAAUUAUAUAAAGGGGUAAAAUUUAUAUAAGGGGUAAGUGUUACUCUUUUUUUUUUUUUUUCAGGGGUUCAAGUGAACCCUCUCAUCACCAUGUAGGUCCGCCUCUGGCUCUAGCUAUAUAUAUUUAAUCAGGUGCAUGCGCUUGCCUACAAUAAUUUCUUUGAAGACUGAAGUCUCUAAGGUGUCCCCACAUUCCUAGCUUCAAACAACAGCAACGCAGAGAAUCAUGGCAGCAAAGGAAUCUAAGCCAAAAUGGGAAGGUAAAGCCACCGUUGAGCUACCAGGCACGACCGCAGAAGCAGCAUGGGCCGUCGUGUCGGAUUUCUGCAACCUCCACAAGUGGAUCCCCAUUGACACUUGUUACCAGGUUGAUCAAGACCAACCUGGUCUCUUCCGCUACUGCACUUCCAUCAUAAAAACAGAUGGAAGCGCAGUAAUGGAUGAGAAAGCAAGAACAACAAAAAUCAAGUGGGCCAAAGAGAAGCUCCUCGUGAACGAUCCUGUUCAGCAUUGUUUGUCCUAUGCAGUUAUUGACAGCAACAUAGGAUUCACGAAUUAUGUGGCAACAAUGAGUGUGGUUCCGAUAGCGAUGGCGGCUGAAGCAGGGUGCAAGAUGGAGUGGGGGUUUGUGUGUGAUCCGGUGGAGGGGCGAACUUGUGAAGAUUUGAGGUCUUACAUUGAGUCCUAUCUCCGGUUCAUGGCCAACAAGAUAGAGCUUGCAGGUAAGAAGGAAUUUGGAAUCUGAUACCAGAAUAAAUGUAUGUGGUGGUGUUUGUCCUUUGAGGAGCCCCAGUUGAUAUAGGCAUGGGUUGUUAUUUUUGCUUUUGGUUCCUAUAUAUAUAUGAAGUAAUUUAUGGCUCUAGUUAAGGUGCAUUACCCUUUCAAAUUUGACAAAUUUAUCUCUAAAUUGGUUCAAAUCUCUUGAGAUCAACAUUCCAAGACAAUAUUUGUGAA